AUAAUCUACCUCCAGUUUCAUCAAAUGGCGUCGGGUUGGGGAAUAACGGGAAACAAAGGGAGAUGUUACGAUUUUUGGAUGGAUUUCAGUGAGUGUAUGUCUCAUUGCAGAGAGCCUAAGGAUUGUUCUCUUCUUCGUGAAGACUACCUCGAAUGUCUUCACCAUUCCAAAGAGUUCCAAAGAAGAAACAGGAUAUAUAAAGAGGAACAACGUAAACUAAGAGCAGCUUCUAGGAAAGGCCAAGAAACCGGUGGUGAUGCUACUCAUCACUAGUCCGGAAUUUUAUCAUCACUACUCCGCCAUGUUUGCAUCUUUCACAGCCGAGAAGAAGAAUAAAGGAAUGGCUCGUCAAGAUUCUCUGUAUGUUGUGUGUCAAGAAACUCCUUUUGAUUGCUUACAGUAGUUUGCUUCUGCAUUGAAUGUUUCUGUCCUUUUUUCCUUCUCUGUUUUUACCUUUUGGCUGAGUUGUAAUAUACCCUUUGGCUGUUCUUCAUCAAACACAGACUCCUCUCAUGGUAAUAGUUUAUUUAUUGUAACAAAGGGAAUACACGUACCUUAGCUGAGGCUAACUGGCCUGUGAAUAUGUGGUGAGUGAUUACCUUCGAAUAUAAC